AUGGUUGGUAAAAGUAGAAAGAAACGGAAUAGCAAAGACUCGACGUCCAGUAAUGCGGGCAGCGGCGACGGAGAGGAGAAGAAGAAGAAAGAAGGUGGUGGAAAAAAGAAAGGCGGUCUCGGGAAAUCUAUUGGCUGUGACAUCUUCAACGACGCAGCCAUGGAAAACGCCUACUAUGUGUGCCACAACGUGCAGGAUGUGCUGAAGUCCCGGGGAUUUGCCUGGCCCGAUGGACAGAAGAAGAAAAAGAAGGGAAAGCGUUAA